UGCCUGGAAGGAAGUUUUACAGCUUUGACAUACUACCCAAAGGUUGUAGGGCAGGCGGGAUCCCCCCCAAAACAGGCUGACCCUCCUCCAUCAGUGGCAGAUGGACAAUACCAGGAUGAACUCCUUCUUAGAGUACGCAAUUUGUAACCGCGGGACGGGCGCCUACCACCACUUAGAGCCGGGCUCCCCUUCCUUCCCCCCGUGCUCAGGUAGCCCCGGCAGUGACACUUUGAGCUUCGGCCUGCCGGGCACCGCGGCCGCUGUCGCGCAUCUCCCCCAGCAGAGCUUCCACCCUCCCUCCUGCGGCCGCUCGGGCCCCUUCGCUGGGACUACCCCGGGCUACCCAGCGCAGGCCGGCGGCCCCGGCUACGGCCACCAGCAGCUCUACCUCGGCCAGCAGGACGCGGACGGGCCGUACUUCCAAGCGGCCGGGUAUCCCUCGGGCACGGGCUUGGGAUCCGGCCUGGCCGAGAGCUACUGCGGGGCCGCGGGGCAGUUCCAGCAGCAGCCGCUGUUCGGGCAGGAGCAGCCCGGGUACCUGCCCGGCCUUUACGGCGGCCUCUCGCCUUCUCUGCACGAGGAGCAGGAGCCGCCGGGCCCCCCCGAGCCGUGCCCCAACGCCGGCGCGGCGCAGACCUUCGACUGGAUGAGGGUGAAGAGGAACCCCCCCAAAACAGGCAAAACGUCCGAGUUCGGGCUCCUGGGGCAGCCCAACGCCAUCCGCACCAACUUCAGCACCAAGCAGCUGACGGAGCUGGAGAAGGAGUUCCACUUCAACAAGUACCUGACCCGGGCCCGCAGGGUGGAGAUCGCCGCCACCCUGGAGCUCAACGAAACCCAGGUCAAGAUCUGGUUCCAGAACAGGCGGAUGAAGCAGAAGAAGAGGGAAAAGGAAGGGCUCGCCCCGGCCGCUGCCUGCAGGGCGGCGAAGGAAGCGGCCGAAGCCUCGGAUCAGUCCAACUGCACCUCCCCUGAGGCCUCCCCCAGCUCGGGCUCCUCCUGAAACCUCGGCCCGGGGCUGUCCCCGAGGGGCUGCGGAGCCCCCCCGCAGGAACACGAGCCCCCCACGCGCAGCCCCGACCCCGUGGGAGGGGAGCCGCGCGUCCCUCCGAGCAUCCCCGGCUGUCCCCACGCGUGGGACACCGAUGGUCCCGCUCGCAUCUCUCUCUCUUAAUUUAUAGCCCCUCUGGAAAGCGCUGGACUCCCAAGGAGCGGCCGUGUCCUGUGUCCGUAGCAAUUUCCGUGUCUCAGGGACGUUUCUCCUCUUCCCUUCCCUCUAGGAACUGCACUUUCAACUACAGACAAACUUUAAAACGAAUUUAGUUCUCUCCCCCCUUUUGAAAAACGCGCACAACGACUUUUUUUUCCCCCUCCCCCUGCCCGAAUCCCUCGCUCGAUGCGUUUUUCCUCCUUAUGAGAUUGUAAAAAAAAAAAAAAAAAAGGGGGAAAAGAAAGUUUUGGGCAUUUUUCCCCCCCUUCCUUUCCCUUUUACUUCCUGUUUGUGUAUCUUGGAACGAGACCUGAGGUGCCCAAGACGCUCGAGGCCUCUGCAAAGACCCAAACCCCGAGGAAAAAGAGGAAAAAAAAAAAGAAAAAAAGGAAAUUUCUGCUCCCAUUUUGCACUAUUUCUGCUUUACAGGGUUUUUUUUGUUGCUGUUGUCCACGCGAUUUUUGCUGCUGCCGGCGGAGGAGGAAGGAGCGGGGCCGGGGGGAAAGUGUGAUUUGUGUUAUCAGAGAAAAGGAGCCCAGGCUGAGCUCGGGGGGCUUUGGGGGCUGUCGCAGGAGGGUGGAUGGGGACAAGGCUGCGGGGGGGCCGCGAUUUAUUUGUGCUCCCGACAGCCUCAAAGCUCGGAGCGCGUUCCUCGCACCCCGCACCCUCUCAGGCUUAUCAGAGCCAGAUAAAGCCGCGCUCCAACCCAAACGCCCUCCCUGCCUCCCUCGCGAGGAGUUCGAGAAGGGAAAACCAGGGCGAGUGCUGUUAAAAAUGGUUUGAAUUAUCGGCCAAACCCGAGCGGUUCCUCCAGCGGAAUCUCCCGUUCCCCCUCCCGCUCCCUCCCCCGACAUGGAACUACCUCAGCCCAAUAAAGUUGACUU